GUAGCACACGACUUCCCCCUAUUCCCCACCAAGAAACUCCAUCUUGGCAGAAACCAAUAACAAAUUUUUUCCAAUCUAAUGCCAAUUCUUCUAAGCAUUCAGACACUGGAGAUUGCAGUAAAAAUGAAAAUGGUUCACAUACUGAAGAUUUGUCCAAAGAUGUGGUAUUGAGAGAUACAAAUAAUCCAUCAAUAAAAACACAAAAGAUUUCAACUGAGGAAGAUGUAGUAAAUGAGAAACAAGAACUAAUUGAAGAUGAAAAAAAUUCAAUAGAGGAUCCACCGGAUAACAGUAAAAAUAAUGAUAAUUCAGAAAAUGAAACAUCUUCAGCCAAAUCUCCACUCCAAAAUAUUUCUCUUGAUGAAACAAA